AUGUUAAAAUAUUUACGAGUACGUAAUCCAGACUUUGCUGAUCGGCAGUAACCUAGUAUCUUUUUCUCCACAUAUUAAAAGGUUCUAUUGAUAUCUUGGAUUUAUAUUCCGUUAUUAUUAGAGAUCAUUAAAUGGAAGACUAGCUUAAGCACAUUUUAGUCAAAGACAUUUACGAGUAAUGAUAAUUAAAUUAGCUUAGAUUUGAAACCAUUUUUAAGUCAACAAUCACAAACAUGGAUAUGUACACACAAUUAAUUCAAUAUAAUGUUGAUGCUUUCAUAGAUUUGCAAUCUUUUAGAUUUUUACUCAAAGGAGAUAUCAAAAGUGGAAGAACUCAUUGUUUGAUUGGUGCUCCCCAGGAUCCAGGGUUAUUAUUAAUUUUUACUGGACAUGUAUUUUAUAGAUUGGAAGAAUUAAAAAAGCUUGAGAAAAAUAACACUUUUGAAAAUAGAUUUAACUAUAAAAUGUUUGUAUAAUUGAUAUUAAAAUUAAGCUAAAAUGCUAUAUAAGGGAAAAUAAUUAGUAUUUUGAUAUGUUAACAAAUUGUAAAGAACCUAUGAAUGAUUUUGAAAGUGUAAUUUCAUUUGAUUCCUAAUUGGCAUUUCUAAAAUUGCUUAGAAUUAUUCUAAAAAACAUCGACUAAAGAGUAUUUAUAACUAUUAUGUAAUGAAUAGAAAUUUGAAACUGCUAAGGAAUAUCAUACAUAUUAAUAAAAUUAAGGUUCAUUUAGAUUGGGUCAAGUGACUUUUGAUUUCAUACUUGAAAAAACAUCCACAACUUGGUAUGGAGUCUAGGAAAUUAAAUGUGCACAUUUUAAGUUUGAAACCAUUGAUCUCUAAACUCCAACUGUUGCAUAUGAUUAAGACAGAGUAAUCUACUUUUUAAAUCCUGCCUUAAAAUAUUAAAAUAGUACUAAAACAAUUCUGAGAGAUUCAAAGUUUGCUAAAAUUAGCAAGUAGACUGAAAAAAUAGAUAUUUAAACAAUAAAGAACAAAUUUAAUUUUAGUAAAUAUUUGUAUAUAUUUAGUUUUAAGAUCGAUUAAAAUUAUUAAAAAUAGAGAUAUAUUAAUUCAAUUAUAAUUAUUAUUCAAAUAAUUUAGAAAAGAAAUUGAAAAGUUAAAUCUAAUUUUAGAAUUGAAAUCAGAUGCUAUUGAAUAAGUGCAAUAAUAGAUAAGAUUGGAUAUUUAGGCAAUAGGGAAAGUCAUCACAUCAGUUGAUGUUAGAGUAUAUAAAUUAAUUAGAUUUAGGAAUUCCUCUUGUCUAAAUUUUUACUUUAUUAAGUAAAUGAGUCUUUUGACAUUUGUUUGCCCUUUUAGAAAAAAAUAGAUGUUAUUUUAGCCAAAAUUAGAAAAAUUAAAAAGCAGAAGUUUACUCUAAAUGCAGACUACAAUGAUAAUUGUUUAGAAACAAGAGUAUUUAAGGAUAUUAAAAGGAACCUUUAAGAUAUUUUAAAUUUUAUUAAGGAUGAGGUUUAUAGUGAAUAGCACAGAGCAUAUAAUUAUUAAUAGAUAAAAAACCAUAUACAAGAAGAUUUUGUGUAGUAAUUGCCUGAUGUUCAAAUCGAAGAUGUAAUUUAGGCUGAAGUUACCUAAUAAAGUUCUAAUUCCUAAUUGCCAUCGUUGGAACAGAAAAAACAUAUGAGAUUAAAAUAAAAUUCUCUUUUCAUUGAAAAAUUUAAGAAUGGUGAAAAUGUGCUUAGUAUCGACUAGACUUUAAGAUUGAUCAAAUAAACAGCGAGAUCUCAUUAGGGUAUUACUACUAUGAGAAGUCAUAUACCUCGUUUGAAAACAGAUAAAUGCAGUUUGCAGUCAUCAAAAAAAUCUUAAUUGAAAUUAAUUAAAAUUGAUACAACUCCAAGAGGUGUAACUCUUUAAAGUCCAAUGUUUAUCAAUUUAGAAAAUCAAAACACUUCUUUGACGAGUUAGAAACAAAAAGAAUUUAAAUAACCUGAAGAUUAUAAGAAAUUAAAUAGUGUGAUAAACAACAGUUCCAAAAUAUUGAAUACCAUGAGUUAAUUAAGUAAUGAUUAACUUCAAAAUAGUGUAAUGUCUUCAGAUGAAAUAAUUAAAGGGUUUUAGAGCAAGGUUAAGCUUAAAAAAUGUAAUAAACAUUUUAUAUUUAUUAGACUAAUCUUUGUAUAAGAUGCCAAAUCUUUCUACAAAUUACUUAAACUGUUUAGAAAGAAUGGUUAAUUUGGAAAUUAAAAGUAAACAAUGA